AUGGUCUAUAUUGAUGAAACUGGCUUUAAUUUACAUCUUUCAAAAUCAAGAGGUCAUGCAUGCCAUAGUCAGCCUGCUAUUCGUAAAGUCAUAAGUAACAGAGAGAAAAAUAUCUCUGUUAUUGCUGCAAUUAAUGAGAAUGAG